GGGUUCGUACUUUGCUGCUAGAUGUCGCUCUGUCCUGCAUCAGCAGGCGGUGCAGUGAUACAGAAGGCUUGCACGAAAAGGACCCGAAGCUCCUGGCCCCGCUCCUCCAAAUGCCUCCACCAGACACAGAAGGAGGACUGAGGCAGGGCAACCGGACAACAGGGCGGCAGGUGGCGAGACUGGGUGGGAACAUGGUCGCGACGAUAACAACAACGACCUGCUCGGUCCCAUGGCGUCAAUAAAUCAAAGGGACCGUGCGACGUGACGGACGAGCAUCACAUAACCCAGAGGAGAUGAGCGGAGACCUGAAAGCUACAGUGUGUUUCUAAGCAACAACAAACACACCAUGGGCUACAAGAUUCCCGGAGCAGCGAUGGACAGGGUCAGCCUGCUGUGGCGUCUGAGACGUCGAGCUCGCCGUGGAACCAUCUGCAUGACUUUCUUCUGCAUCUCAAUGGCUCUGCUCUAUGCCCUGUGCGCUGAAAACAGCGUGCCUGUCACAGAUGCCAUCUUCGGCGUGCGAGCACGAACCAGGGCUCAGCCUCGUACACACUCCGUCAUCAAGGUGCUGCGGGGUGGAGCAAAAACUGCGUACAUAGACCCUCAGAAGCAUCCAGGUGUUGUUGCAAGUGACCCACACCGCCCAAUCCCUGUCCUGUCCUCACCCAACCACACCGAGGACUGGGAAUCUACACCAAAGCGGACAAUAAAAACGAAAGAGUCUUCUGGCUUUUUUUCUCACCUGCUUCCCCGCCCCUUCACACGAGCUCUAGAGACCCUGUUUGGCGGCCGGCGUAAAGGUGAGCUAAGCGGCCGAUCGGGGGACGCAGAGUUCUUCGGGCCUAAAGGGCUUUUGGGAGAAGUGUGGAAUGACGAAAUGUCCAGCAGCAUGCUGGGUAGCAGGCUGAAGAAGGUGGUGCAGAACUAUCAGGCAAUGAAUAAAUAUGGAGUCAAGGUGUCUGGCCCUGGUGGCACCUCCAACCGGCCAAAGCUGAGUGGCCCCGAGCUGCUCUGCCAGGUCAAGGAGAAGGUAGAAGUCACCACUUUGACUGCGGAUCUUCAGCCUUUCUCUGCAUUGUCCUGGGCCCCCCUGCUUCUGCCGCCACAACAGCUGACCUCCGACCUCGGGCCAUACAAGAGUUGUGCUGUGGUGUCUUCUGCAGGGUCGCUCCGCAACUCUGGACUAGGCAAAGAGAUCGACUCUCAUGAUUCAGUGCUACGGUUCAACGCUGCGCCCACCAACGGCUUCGAGAAAGACGUUGGCUCCAAAACAACCAUCCGCCUCAUUAACUCGCAGGUGAUGGCAUCUGAUGACCAUCGCUUCCUGUCCAGUUCACUGUACAGCUCCGGUGUUCUGGUUGCCUGGGACCCCGCCCCCUUUUCCUCUAACCUCAGUCAGUGGUACAACCACACAGAUUAUCCCAUCUUCAUCCAGUACCAGAGAUACAGGAGGCUUCACCCGCAGCAGCCUUUCUACAUCCUGCAUCCUCGCUUCGAGUGGCAGCUCUGGCAGCGGAUUCAAGACAACAUGGCUGAACCCAUACAGAAGAACCCACCCUCUUCCGGCCUGCUUGGCACCAUCCUGAUGAUGUCACUGUGCGAGGUGGUGCACGUCUACGAGUUCUUGCCAUCCCGCAGGAAGACGGAGCUCUGCCACUACUUCCAGCGUUUCUACGACGCCGCUUGCACGCUCGGGGCUUACCACCCACUGUUGUACGAGAAGAAUCUAGUUAAGCGCAUGAACCAGGGCUCGGAUCGAGACAUCUACAUCCACGGACGCGUCACAUUGCCCGGGUUCAGCGCCAUGAACUGUACCGCAAAAGCGGUGCGAGAGCACUGACUGACCACCAACAUGCACAGUGCAAAGCUGAAAUCUGAACCUGCAUGAUGAGCGAGGACAGACGCAUGAAGCCCUCACAUUCACUGCUUUUGUUUAAUGAGCGCCUUCUAUUGAUAUUACAUGACAACACAGAGAAACACUGGAGUGAAAUGACAAAUACUGGCACAAGCACUUGUAUGUAGGUAAGCUAUUCCAUACAGUAUUUUAGAAUUAUAUACAGUGAAAGCCUGAACCUCUACAGAUCCAUAAUGCUGUCUCAAGACAUUUUGAGAAUCCUUGAUGGUACUAACAAAUAUUGGUUAAAUUACACAGAGAUAUCAGGUCUGAUUAUCGAGUCUAACUGCAAAUUAUUUCAUUCUAAAAACAGGAUGUUUUGUCUGUAAAAUAUUUGGUGCCAGUGUCCAAAAGACCUAUAACUGACCACCUUGCAAAAACUGUCAACUUUUAUGGGGAAUAUAUAACUUUACUGCAGAUAAGUAAAGGAAUGUUCAUAACAAAAAACAAACUUCAUCCUGUUUUAGUUUUCACUUCUUAAAUAAAUAAAUAACCACAAAUAUGGUUCAGCUUUUGCCUAAACUGUUGUAAAACAUUUUUUUAAAUCUUAGGUGAUUAUUAUUAAAUCGUAGGUGGCCUGAAAUAUUCAAAUCAGCAGGAUGGUCCUUCACUCGACUCUCUGCCUUUACUGUUUAAAGCCAGAUGUUCAUUUCAUGCACCUACCUGAUCCCAUUUUCCUUGGAUCGACCAAGCUGCAAUAUAUGAAUCUUAAUGAAAAACACACCAAUUUAGGAUAAAACCUCCUAUAUUUUAAAGAAGACUAAACUGCCAUGUUCUGUUUUUACCUAGAAAAAGAGAAUAUACGUUAACAGUUCAUUAGGAACUUUAAUUUUCACUAUCAUGUUUGUCAGUUCGCUUUUAUUUCAGCACCUCUUGUUUAAAGCUCAUCCACUGUCCUAAAAGAAGUGAAUUCUGUUUUCCGGUUGAUUUGAGCACUUCUAAAGUCCUUUUACAGGCAAGGAAUGCAUAGUUCACUAUCAACAUUUGAUUUGUUGCCAUCACCCGUUGCGAUUUACAGACAAUUUUACAAGUGCAACUUUCUUACACAAUCUAUAGAAUUUACAGAUAAGCCGCUGCUUGCAACCCCACUCUCUCUCUCAAGAGAGAAUUUGAAGCCAUGGCAUUUAUGUUGGACAGUGUGACAAGUAUAUUUUGCAUUAAAAUUGCAGACUAAAAGACCCAUAACUUCUGACUUUCACAUAUAGCAGCAACACCCAAAAAUGUCAAACUACGCAAACCUCUUCUGUAAUCUAUCUGUUGGGUCAUAUUUAUUGUCUGAACUUGUAUCUCUUUUAAAUUAUGAAAUUGUGAGGCUGUUUGAGAAGGCAGAAAACUCCAACACCAUGCAUGGUAACAUAUAUUUAAAAUGUACCAAUGUUUAAAAGUCCUGUAACAAACUGCUUGCAUCCUAAGUAAUCAUUCAACAUAUAUCAUUGUAACACCCAGGAGGAAAAUCUGUUGCUUGGCUACACAAAGCAAAAGGGAGUUUAAUUUUCAAAAGGGUUUGUGUUGGCUUUUUCAGAAACUGCACGUCAAACUUCUUAAUUUAUACAUGGUUUUGGUAGGCUGUAGUGUGUGAAAAGUUUGUAUUUUAAAUGGUUUGUAAAAAAGAUUCUGUUUAAUGCUGAAUAGGUUUUGAUUUUUGGACAUCUGGAGAUGUACAGUACAGGUUCUGCCUGGUUUCUUUAGGCACUGGAUCUUUUAACACUAAUUUUAGCAUUUAAAGAAAAUGGAUAUUAGAAAAAGUCUCUGUAUAUCAUACAUGCUUUAGCGCUGCAGGUUUUUGUUGCCAACCUCUGGACAAAACAUAAGUUCAUGUUAGCCAGUAAGAAAGCCCUAAUUGAUGCCAAGAGUUCUGUAUUUAAGGUCAUUGUUUUCCAAUUUGCACAUUUAUUAGACUGUCUUGGUAGCUAGAGCUGAGCCACUUAUGAAGAUAAAGUUGUAUGCAGAAGUUUCCAUCCACUCAUCAUGGGGACAGAUCAUCUUUUUAUAUGGGGCUUUUUUUCCAACAUAGAACUUUAGUAAUUUCCUUUUUUUAUAGACAAACAUUUGGUGGAUGAGUUUAAAGUUGUUGUAAGUUUCAUUCAAUCCCCACUGGGUCAAAAAUAUAAAUCAACACCUUCUGAUGUCGAGUUUAAUGUCUCUUCAGAAGUAACCGGUCAACCAUUCUUUUUUUAGCCAUCAACAGACUUCUGGUGUAACUCUGCCUGAAUAUAAAAAUAUGGCAAAUUACUCAAAUCAAUUUAAAUGUAUUUCCUGGCACAAAGUUGGCAUUUAAACAAAGUUUAUUAAUUAUCAUCAAGGCUGGUGUGUUUUUGGGACCAUUGUCCUGUUGGAACACCCAGUUGUGUUUAUUUAUGCACCAGUACCACUGACAGCAAAACAGCCCCACAGCAUGAUGAUGCCACCACCAUGCUUGACAGUUGGUACAAUGUUCUUAGGUUUCAAACCGUAAUCUUGAUUCCACUGGACAUGCUACUUGUCUUUGUGGCCCUAAAAUAUAUCCAUUUGGCUUGUUUAUGUGGUCAGCUAGCUUGAAGAUGUCUGUUUUGGAGCAAGGUUUUGUUGGCAGGCAUGUCCAUGAUGAAGUAAAACUGUGUUCACUGUGGACAGUGUUCCCAAUUUUGUCUACUUCAGACGAAAGGAAAUUGGUUUGAUUUUCAGGAACAACCUGGAAACCUCCAAGGCUCACAUGGACAGGGAACGUAUUGGGAACACAACUGCCACUGUCAAGUAAAUACAGUCCUGAAUUUGAUGAUGCUCAUGUCCAUGAGGAAUGGAUGAAAACUUUUAACUGAAACUGUAGCUGUGUAAUAAGUGGGGCAUUAGAUGCCCGUAUUGGCACAUGUGCUUUAGUUUUUAAAACAGCAGCUAUAAAAGGCUAUGCUGACUAUUUAAAAACGAGAAAACAUUUUUAAAUGACUCCUUGCCUCCACAUAGUACAUUUACAGCACAGAAACAAUGGGGGAGAUGUUAAACUGCCCAAACUUAAACUGGUCUGAACCUUAAGCUCAGAAUGUUUCAAAUUGUUCCCGUAGCAUUAUAUUUCUACCUUUGUCUCUGUUGAGACAUAUCCCUAAGCAUACUUUAGCAAAUCUGCCGUUCACACUUGACACUGUUAACACAAAAUCAGAUGCUAUGGUCCAGAUUUAAAGAAAGGUGGCCUGCACGUUGCUCAAUGAAUGAGCUGGAGUGAUUUUCGCAAGGGAAAAGCAGAACAAUUCACGGAUGUUUUUAUUUGUUUGCAGCAUAUCUGCAAUUAACUCCAUUUGUAAAAAUUCAGUAUGUUAACCUAUGCAUGGCUAUUCUUUUUCGUAAUAAAGAGCCACCCAGGGGUACUUUCACCUAUUA